AUGGAGAAAUCCACAUCUUCUACUGCCAGUACUAUGGAUAAGGAUCUUUGGUCCCGUCUUGACGCCAUUAUCCUUCAAUGGAUCUAUGACACCAUUUCGAAGGACAUUCUUCAUACCAUUAUUCAACCCGGCUCCACGGCGGCACAAGCAUGGACUUGUCUUCGUGAUCUUUUUCAUGAUAAUAAGAACUCUCGUGUGGUGAUUUUGGAGCAUCCAUUCUCGCACCUUAACAUAGCUGAUUUUCGCAAUGCAAGUUCUUAUUGUCAAACUCUCAAAAUGCUAGCUGACCAACUCGCAAACGUGGGCUCGCCGGUCUCGAAUCAAAGGUUGGUAUUACAAAUGGUUGUUGGCCUUACCGAGGCUUAUAAUGGGGUUGCCUCAAUUAUUCAACACCGCGAUCCGCUUCCUCUUUUUUCUACUGCUCGUUCCAUGCUCAUUUUGGAAGAGACGAGCUUGGCGAAGCGGGCUGCCAAGCAAGGUGGUUCGGCACUUGUAGUUGCUAAUUCUCCUAUUGUGGAAGAUGUUCAUUCAUUUUCAUCCAAUUCUCAACGUCAGAAGAACCAUCAUAAUAACUACAAAGAUAAGAAAAAUCAUCACAAAAACAAAGGGGGAAAUUCCGGCAACCACACUGACGGUGGUUAG